AUGAGCAGGACGACAAAGAGAGUCAGAGGCCGCAUGCAGCCAAUGGAGCAUGGUCAUCCACCUGCCUCGGUGUUAAAAAGUGAUAGUCUACAACUUCACGAUGAAGCAGACUUGAUCAACUUCCGUGCUGAUGCAUUCUCUCGUUUCAUCAGCAAUCAAGACCUUCUAGAAACAGCGGCCCUGAAACCGUUCCAUACAUCAAAAAUAGCACCCCCUUCGCCUUUCCCGGUGCACAAGAAGAAGCUUUAUGAAGAAGAUGCCACAGACGACAAAGUUAAAGAGGUACUCCGAGAUCUCGGCAAGGAGGAUUUUAUUUUUGGAGACAUAAGACUAAUGAAGCUCAAGGGCCAAAUGAUUGAGGAGGAGCUUGAAGAAGACCGCAAAGCUUUGGCCGAAAUGAAAGAAGAUCCCGAUAAGUCAUUCAGUGAGGAAAUGACGUUCCAGAAGAAGGCUGCGGCACAGCUAGCGAAGCUUCAUCGUGAGUGUAACGAUGCAGAGUCGCUUGAAAAGCUCGAGAAGGCUAUGGAGAACACUUUAGCGGAGUAUGAGGAGAAGUAUAGCAAGAACUACAAGCUACAACAGACCGCGUUCAUCAAGCGGUCCAUACCAGCCGAGGAGUUGGGUGCCACGGUUGAAAAGGCGCCUGAAAACUACAAUCCACGUCUGAUAUCGUCCUUCUUGGACAUUGAGGAUAAGCCUGAAGAGAAGCAACCCGACUUCCAGGACCCAAUGUUUGGUGGCCAUCAAAACGAUAAUAACGGCCAGCUUUACAUGCAAGGCAACGGAGACGAAGACUUUGCCAUGGCGAUGAUGAAUGAACAUGGCAGCGAGAGCCAUCCAGAGAAACCCGAUAUUCCCGCUCCACAGUCAUUACAGCCAAACAAGCAGGACAAUAACGAAAACGAUGUCAACAUGGAGGAUCUCAACCAGUUCCUUGCAGACCCACAGGGUAAUGAUGACAUGAUGGGAGAUGACAUGGACGCGUUGAUGAACUUUGGUCCCGACAACGAAGAAGGCGGAAUAAUGGAUGACGACGCCUUCAACUCGGAUUUCCUAAUGUUGCCCGACUUAGCAGAAUGUGGCGAUUCCGGCUGUUUACCGGCUCAGUUCGAAAAAACUGUCAUUGUGGUCAUCGAUGCUUUGCGUUUUGACUUUGUCAUACCUGUUGAUGAUGCUGAUGCUGAUCCAUACUUUCACAACAACCUUCCCAUCUUGUAUGAUCUCAUGCAAAAACAGCCGGACAACGCUGUGCUUUUAAAGUUUUUGGCUGAUCCACCCACAACAACGUUGCAGCGACUCAAGGGCCUUACUACUGGAACCCUACCGACAUUUAUUGAUGCUGGUUCCAACUUCAAUGGUGAGGCAAUAGAUGAGGACAAUUGGGUUCUUCAGCUUCACAAACAAAACAAAUCCAUUGCAUUCAUGGGAGACGAUACCUGGGAUGGCUUGUUUAAAGCGUAUAUCAACCCAGACCUCCAUUUUCCUUACGAUUCCUUUGACGUGGGAGACUUACAUACCGUUGACAACGGUGUGAUAGAGCAUAUGUAUCCAUUGCUCGAGCGCAGUCGUUCGAAGGAGUGGGACCUUCUCAUUGGACACUUCCUCGGUCUAGAUCAUGUGGGACAUAGAUUCGGGCCCCGUCACCACGCUAUGAAAGACAAAUUGCAUCAAAUGAACUCUGUCAUCGAGGAUGUUGUGAACAAAAUAGACGAUAAGACCUUGCUCAUCGUGAUGGGCGAUCAUGGAAUGGACUCCACAGGAAACCAUGGUGGUGAUAGUCCGGAAGAGUUGGAAAGCACCCUUUUUUUCUACUCCAAGAACAGGAAGUUUCAUAUCAAUAAGCACGAUGCUUGCGAGUACGACCUUUCGAAUAGAGGCCGGAACUAUAAAGCGGUGAACCAGAUUGAUUUGGUUCCCUCGAUCUCUUUGCUAAUGGGAUUGCCAGUUCCAUACAAUAAUCUUGGGUUUCCAAUAGAUGAGGUCUUCGGCGACGACAAGGAGCUUAACUUGGCCAGUCACAUCACCGUCGAGCAAAUAAACAGAUUUAGAGAGGUUUCGAAUGAGUUUGGACUGGAAGUGAAGUUUGCGGAGAAGUACCAAUUUAUUUCCGAAAACUACAGAAAGCAUGGGAAGAACAAGAAACAUUUUUCAGACUUAAUCCAGGAAUCUAAGGCAUUUCAGGAAGAGUUUUUAGAUCAUUGCAAGGGUCUCUGGGCUCGGUUUGACUUGGUACUUAUAGGGCUCGGCAUCACGGUGAUGUUAUUAUCCCUUUCUUUUGCCAUCACUUACUCACGCUCAAUUCCUUCAGUGAGAGUCCUGACAAUGUCUUUUGAGUUCAUCGGCUCCAUCAUUGCGAUGACACUCUUGGGCCUUGUCUCUAGCAUUUCCAUAUUUAUUGUUCUACGGCCCUCGGGUGUCACUCUUCAACAGGAGCAGUACUGUGUUUCGACGUUCGAAACUCAUUGGUGGACAAUUGUGCUAUUGCACGUCUGUCUGUACCUAUUACCUACUGUCAUCAAAUCUUUCUACACGCUCACAUCUUCUUAUCAUUCAGCAGCACCGUUGUGGAUAGGAACUGGAAUGAAAUUCCUUAUGUUCAUGAACGCAUCCUACUGGACGAUAGAAUACGUGGAAAAUAAUGAUUAUCUCGGCAACAUAGCCAAAUCCUUCAUUGAUCUUGGGUUGACCGAAUCCUUGAAGCUAGGAAUUGCUCGAAUUGUGUUGUUUAUUGCCCUUAUUCUUGCCAAUUUUAGCUGGUCUCGUGGCCCCUUGUGUGUCAAGAUCGAAAUGUCUAAUGCACCCGAAAAUGACAGUAUUGAGAUGUCAUCCGACUCUGAUGAUGAAGGAGAGACUUUGUCACCAAGACCUAGACAACCUAAGCAACCAUCAGCUACAAUUCUAGGAUACGAAAAUGUUUAUGGCUCGUCAUACUUCUUGCUCAUUAUCAAUGCAACUUGUGCUAUUCUUCUAGUUACGCAGCCGAUUGGAGCUAUCUCAUUGUGUAUUAUGGUGGUACAACUUUUGUCACUAUUGGAGCUUUACGAUAUCUUGAACCUUCAAAGAAACUUGGUCGCUGUGAUCGUUUUCGCACUCCUCGGUUACCAGCACUUCUUCAGUACGGGGCAUCAGGCGGCUAUCCGUUCGAUUCAGUGGGAAACCGGUUUCAUGGUCAAUCAGAAGGUUCUGUACAUCCUUUCUGGGUUAACGAUUAUACUCAACACAUUUGGAUCCUUCUUCAUAAUAUGCCUCGCGGUGCCGCUCAUCACCCUUUGGAGAAUUCCUCCAUCAGCAAAACCCAUCACGCUACUUGCGCAAGUGGUGACUAAUGUUACUACAUUGCUCACGUAUCAAACAAUAAUCAGCAUCAUGAGUUUCAUUUUUGCUGCCCACUUUAGACGUCACUUGAUGGUGUGGAAGAUUUUUGCCCCUCGGUUCAUGCUUAGUGCGCUUUUACUCAUCGUUUUCAACGUCUCACUCACGUUUGGAACGAUGUGGUUCGCUACGUCCCGAGUCUUGACCCAGGUCAACCGCAUUUUUGGUAAGUGA